AUGGACGCCCGAUGUCACUGCGGCGCCGUCCGCUUCAAGACGCCGCUGCCCGCGCCGCUGGCCACCUACGUUUGCCACUGCGACACGUGCAAGGCUUUGACAAGCUCGGCCUUUGCCAUGUCGGCCAUUUUUCCCAAAUUUGAGCCGCCCGCCUCGGAAUUGCUGAGCUGCUAUAGAGGAGGCUGCGUCUCGGGCAUAGACUGGUCCAAGGCCGUCCACAUCUGGACAAAGAGCGCCAUGGUGCCCAUCCCAGAGAGCUCCGAGUCGUACUCGGAGCGCUCGUCGGAUAGCAGCGGGCAAGGGCCCGCGCAAGACGCUUUGGAUUGA